AGCCGAGCUGCAGGUCAGCUUCUCGGCUGGACAUGCGGUAGCCACAUUUCCUCAUGGCGCGCGGCGCCGCGCGCGUAGCGCUGCUGGCGUGCCUCCUUCACGUCGGCCUUGCCGGAUGGGUGUUCGGCGAAGAGAACACAACCUGCGAUGAAGCCUGCACUGGAGCGGGCCUGACGUGCUCUGCAGUCGGCAACCAGCAGGUGAACUCGGACUUCGAGUUCGAUCAUGUGACGGCGAACAAUGGAAUGCCUUCAUGCCAAGGCUACAUUGAAAACCAGGACUUGGCGAACGUGCAGCCUGCGAUGAUUUACCAAACGGGUAUCAUCGACCCCGGGAUCUGCCUCACGAACUCGGCCCUGAGCGACUGCACGAGCAAGAAUGACAUCCUCCGUCGUAUCUGCUGCUGCCUGCAGGUUGGCCAGACAGACGCGGACAUCGCCGCAGAGUGCUUUGUGCCCACCACCACCACCUCCACGCAAACCACAUCCACGCAAACCACGGUCACCACGCUGACGUCGACGACAACUGAAACACUGACAGGGACGACGCAGACUGCGACGACGUCCACUACUGGCACGACGAUUACUAGCACAAGCACCAGCGUCACGGGCACGACGACUACCUACACCGUUACUGGCACGACCGUGACGAGCAGCAGCACAGUUUCAAGCAGCACCACUGCCACCGUGAGCUCUACACAGACCACCACCAGCAGCUCAAGGACGACAGUCAGCUCCACCUCCUUCACCUCAACCUCGUCCGCCACCUUCACGGGCACGCAGACCACAAGGACCACCUCCACAGGCACAACCAUCACCCAGACGAUCACCAGCUCCAGCUCCAGCUCCAGCAGCACUUCCACACGCACCACCACCACCACCCGCAGCAGCACCACUGAAAGCAGCACCACUGAAAGCACCACUACGGAGACCAUCACCAGCACAUGGACCGUCACACAGACCAUCACCACAACCACAGUCACUCAGGGUGCCAGGACGUUGAUUGCGGCAAUUGUGCCGGCUGGCACGUCAGAGAUUCCCGUGUUGACCCGCACGGGCUUCUCCGAAGGCGACAUGAUCCUCCUUGGCGGUCGCGAGGCAGUGGAGAUUCAGAACAUCACGGACAUCGAUCCUGCCGCCCGUCGGCUGGAGGAGUACUUCUCCGAGGACUCGGAUGCCUCUGACAGGCCGCGGAUACUAUCAGCUGCCACGGCGAUUUUUGAGGUAACUCCACCGGUGUCGCGGCAAUACAACCCCGGGGAAGCCGUCUCGAAUGUGGGGCCAGCAUCCUCCUAUGCUGGUAGUGACCCCAUCACCUUCUUUGGCGGACAGAAGUUCAAGUUCUGGCUGCCGCUGCACGAGGAGCUGCUGAUGCUCGAAUCCCCGGAGCUGAAGAUCUUUGGUCGCGUUUUUCCAGGAGUCCUUCCGGACCAGCAGUGGUUCGGCGACUUCAGGGUCGUCCUGGCCGACGACACGCCUGUGGUAAAAGUCCGCGUCAAGGAGGCGGCCUCCAACCAAACCAGGCGCUGCUCGUCAAGGAGGAUGGAGUCUAUGGACAUUGUCUUGGGCCGGCAGCGCCUCCCCCUGCGGGAGAUGCAGCGCCGGCCGAUGGAGUUCACCGCCGGCGAGGCGGUGCGCUUCGCGGUGAACUGCCGCCAGCAGGACCGGCCCCUCCUUGCAUCGUCUAGAACAGAGUAUCUCCACUUUGAAACCCCCUCGAUUGUCUUCCUCAUUGUGGCCGCGCACGCCGGCAAUGAGUUUCCUCAUGAUAUGAGGCUGCAGUUGAAGUACAUGCACUUGGAUCUUUUGAUCCUGGAGAUGCCGCGGAAGCAUGAGUUCAGAGGCGUUCUUCCAGAGAUCUGGGGCUUGCAACCUCGGUCAGAGGCAGUGCAAACCAUGUUGACUCCGCCGGAGGUCGAGCCGAGGAGAGGGGGAGGGCCGCCACCAUUCGAAAUGUUCGCAAUCAUACCUUUUCUCGCGUCUCUUGCGAGGCUGGCUCCAACAGUGUGCCAAGAUCGGCCUGGUGCGGUUUGCAUGAGCUGAGCCGGGCCGGGCAAGUGCUCUGCGGGCUGACUUGAGA